UACCGAAGAUGAAACUAAACAUUUUCUCAGAGCUCAUCAGUAGUUUCUGUAGAGGAGAAGUGUGACAUUAUUGCUCUGUGAGAGGAAGAUGAAGACGUUGGUGAUAUUUGGGAUCCUCCUGUACGCGUCCUUAAGGAUCCAGGCUGCAGUGAUUGAGGUGUUUGAGGAGACGCAGUCUGUCCUGCUGCCCUGCCUUUAUGGGGGAGUAAUUCCUGAAGAUCCCUUCGUUAUCUGGACUCGUAAUGAUCACAACUCCAAAGUUUUCCUCUUUCGACAAGAAGGCAGCGAUCCAGAAGGACAGAACCAGAUCUACAGAGGAAGAACAUCAAUGAGUCCCGAUGCCCUGGAAACUGGAAACUACAGCCUCACCUUCAGAAAGCCUGAACUGACUGACAGUGGAAACUACAUCUGCAGCAUCGCUGAUGGAGUAAAGACGAUAAAGCUGACAGAGGUUCAGCUCAAUGUCAAAGAUGUCCAGGUGGAGGUGAAGGCGAGUAGAGAUGCAGAGUUUGUCGUUUUGCCCUGCAAAACAUCUGCUGGUUUACCCAAAGACACCAGAGUGGAGUGGACCCGAUCAGAACCAGAAUUUAUGUUUGUCCAUGCGUAUCCAAACACAAGCACACAGAAUGCAGAAAAGGACAAACAUUACUGCAGCCGCACUGUCAUGAAUGAAGACCUGCUGAGAACCGGAGACGUCAGCCUGACCCUGAGAAACCCCACAGCCAGAGACAGCGGACGCUACGUCUGCACCGUCUACAGAGACAAAGACAUCCUGAGACAGAAAGUGGUUCUGGAACUGGUCCAACCUGUUCCAGAACCACUGGCUCCAGAGGGUAUACCCGUCUGGGUCACAGUUUUGUUGGUGCUGCUGGUUCUCGUGGUUCUUGGAUUGACUGGAGGAGCUUUAUUUUAUUUCCGGUCCCAUUUCAUACCAGAUCGUCUAAUGACACAUCCAAUGAGGAGGCAGCACUAUGAACAAGAACAUGAGUCUGAGAACUUCAAACACUUGACGGUGGAUUCAGGGGCAGAGUCGGUCCUGCUGCCCUGCAGAGCCACAGCUUUCCUGCCCAGAGAUGUUAGAGUGGAGUGGACGAACAGCAAAAACUGGAAGGUCUAUGUGUAUGAGUAUGGUACUGACCAGCCUGGAGUACAGCAUGACCGCUACAGAACCAGAGCCAGGAUGGAUGAAAACUUACUGAGAACAGGAAACCUCAGUCUGACUCUGAAAUGGCCCACUUAUGUAGACGGUAAGAUCUUCACAUGCAGCGUCUCCAACAGGGAUGGAAAGAUCCUGAUGAAGAAACAAGUUCAGCUUCAUGUCAGAAUUCAACAGGUGGUGGUGGUGGAUUCAGGAGCAGAGUCUGUCCUGCUGCCCUGCAGAGCCACAAAGAAUCUGCUUGGAGAUGCAAAAGUGGAGUGGACGGACAAAGACAGUGAAAAGGUCCAUGUGUAUGAGAACGGUUCUGAUCAGCUUGGAGAACAGUGCGAGUUCUACGGAACCAGAACCAAGAUGGAUGAAAACCUGUUGGAGACUGGAGACCUCAGUCUGACUCUGAAACAUCCCACAAUUGGAGACCAGAACUUCUACACCUGCAGAGUCUCCAACGGGGACGGAGUCAUCCUGAUGGUGAAACAAGUAAAGCUUCUGGUGAAAGUCCAACAUCAGAUUACGGUGGAUUCUGACAUGGAGUCGGUCCUGCUGCCCUGCAGAACCACAGAUCAUCUGCCUGGAGAUGUGAGAGUGGAGUGGAUAAAGAGCCCAGACAGGAAGGCCCACGUGUAUGAGAACGGUUCUGAUCGGCCUGGAGAACAGAGCCAGUACUACAGAACCAGAACCAAGAUGGAUGAAGAACCGCUGAGGACUGGAGACCUCAGUCUGACUCUGAGAUGGCCCACUGAUGGAGACAGUGAGAUCUUUACCUGUAAAGUCUCCAGCAGGAACGGAGUCGUCCUGAUGAAGAAACAAGUUCAGCUUAAUGUCAAAGACUGCCAGGUGGAGGUGGAGGAGGGGGCGGAGUCUGUCCUGCUGCCGUUCAGAACAACACCUGAUCUACCUGGAGACGCUGGACUGGAGUGGAGAAAAGGAAACUACGUGACAGUCCAUGUUUAUCAGAAUAACUCUGACCAGCUGGAGAAGCAGAACCAGUCCUACUUAAACAGAACCAGGAUGGAUGAAGACCUGCUGAAGACUGGAGACCUCAGUCUGAGUCUGAGACGGCCCACAGAGAGAGACAGUGGAGAGUACAGAUGUUUAGUCUACAGCUUGAAGGGAAAACUUCAGAGAGAGAAAACAGUUCUGCUCAAAGUUAAAGUCAGACGACAGAUCCAUGAAGGAACUCCACUGAUCCCAGUUUGACCAGAGAGAGUCUGAGUGAAGAAUCUGAUGGCUGAAGAGAGAACAUGACUCCUUCCUCCAGACUCAGAGAGGAUCAGUUCAACCUCUGCAGCUUUUUCACUCAAGCAUCAGAUCAUAAAGAAAGCUAUAGAAAGUUAUUCCUGGUCAUGGAGUCACAAUGUGUGAGGGACUUUCUGUGUGAACAUGUCUGCAUCUGUUAGAAAUGAAUAAGACUGAGACCAGAGUCAAUGUGAGACAAGUUCAAGCAGAACCAGACUGUUGGACACCAAUGCAGAGUUAAUCUCAAUGAUAUCACUUUUAGACCUCAUUGGAUUUUGUCUUUAUCAUAUAGUAAAUAUUUUUGCAUUGUC